UUAAAGUCACAGCUAGAAAAGGUGAACCAUGUUAAUCGUGAGCUGCGUCGCCGGCAGCGAACAAACGCUACACAGAUGCGAUCCUUGAUUGAUGAGCGGGCUGAGCUGCAGGCUGCACUGCAGGAGGAGACUCGUGCUGUUACCAUCCUCAGGCAGAGAUUGGGAUUGGCUCAGAAGGAAAAUGAAGAUCUGGCUAGUUCCAGUACUGAUAGCUUGGACCUUACAAACAAGUUGGUGUUUGAUCGAGAUGAUCCAAACAGGCCUCGAUUCACAAUGACCGAGCUCAAGGAGAUUCUCUACGAACGCAACGAACUCAAAGCCCGUGUGUCUGAUCUGGAAGAUGAACUGGAAAUGUAUAGGCCCAAGGACGAGCGACAGCGCAGCCACAUAAUCUGCCCUCCAGUAGAGAUGGUGCAAGCAGAGGGGGGGCUCCAGCCUCCUACAGACCCCCUCACGCCCCCCCUCUCUCUCUCCGACUCACUUUCCAACGAAAUGCAGGAUGCAGCGGACGAUGAUGACGAUGAUGAUGAUGAGGAGCCUCCAGUUCAAGGCCCAAUGCCCUAUGAGCCUGAUGAUGCUCCAUGGAAGCGAGGAGAGUCUGGCAUUAGGAAGUUCUUUGGAUUCUUGAACACUAUCACGAAUCGCUUCAUAAGUGAUGUAGAAGACAAGCUGCUGGGUGGUGUACAGGAAGGGCAAAAAACCUUCUGAGGCUGGGUUUCCGCCGACUCUUUGGUGACGACGAGACAGGCUCAGGAACUAGCCCCAAGAGGAAUUUGCUCGGCCUGGGGCGUCCAUGAAUAUUGCUGUGGAUCCAGUGCAGAUGGUGCUGAUUCUGGGGCAGCGAACCAAUUUAAAAUUACGACCAAGCAACAGCAUGGCAUUUCACGUUCAUAUUCUUUCUCAUGUCAGACUAAGAAGAGAGAACACUAUCAAAGAAUGCCUGUUAAAGAAGAUCUUUUAUUAAAGAAAACUAGGUUAAAAAAGGACCCUCUAAGAAGGAUCUCUUUUGAAGGUCUUCCAUCAUCAUGUCGGAGCUGCAAACAUAUGGAAACAGAACACUUUGUCAGUUGUACUAGAAGGCAUUUUGAUAGUAGUGUUAGGAAAUGUUUUCUAGCUAGUAACACUAGAGAAUGUUUCCCAGUUAGUAGUACUAGAGAACAGUUAAUAAAUAGGAAGGUGAAAGAAUUCUUCCCAAGUAGCGAUAUGAGAAGACAUUCUCUAGACGGUAGGGUUGAAAGGUGUUCUCAUAAUAUAUAUAACAGUCUUACAGAGCAUUCUUUAGUUAGUAAUAAUAAAAAUCAUUUGGUAGAUACAAAUGAUAAACAAUAUUUAUUAGACAGUGGAAAAAGCUUUUUGGAAAAUAAAGGACAUUUUGUUGACAGUGAAGGAGUCGACUGUUUCGGUGGUAAGCGUCUUCAGAGAGGCUUCCUAGAUGGCAAUCAUGAAGGAUGCUCAGAAAACAACAUUUGUUAUAGUCGUGACAAUCUUCUCUGCUCACUUCGAGAUGAUACCUGCCAUUGGUACGACUCAACAUCCACCAGAGUGCUGGAGAAAAAGUAUAUUUUUCAAGAAGUCGACUGUCUGCCAGUUUUGCCUAUGGGGUUACGUAAGAGAGAUUACCGGCAUGUCUCUCGUUGCAGUUACAAAGUAGAUUUAUCAAGUAAAAAGAGCUUUAUCGAUUGGAAGCACAAUGAUUAUGAUGACUUUUUUAUGUCCAAAUUUAGAUUUACAAAAUUUUAUAGUUUAUAUCUUGGCCAUAAUCAUUAAGCAUAACAUUAUCAUUUUAUUUUGUAUGAAAUAUAAUAAUUUUAGAUUUUUUGUACUGGUGUGGAUUGGAUGUUUUGUUUUUCUAUUACUCUGUUUAUAAUUUAAAAGUUUAGUAAGCAUAUAUUGUACUAUAUUGCCCCAAAUCUAAUUAUGUACAGUGUAUCGUUGAUCUACGUAAAAGCUUGUCUACAACUUAAGUUCCUCUAUCUCGUGCUUUCCAACUUUCUAUUCCUUUUACGAACUGUCUUCGAUAUCGAUGUUAAUGCGACAGAAUUAUCAUGCACAGGAUAGACUGGCAAUUUCCGCCAUACAUUUGCAAGCAAGUUUCGUUAAGACAAAGCUGUAACUAUAAGAGGGCAGGAUAUUAUACCAAAGGAAUAGCUAAUACUUUAUAAGUACAGUAUAAGAGAAAUUCGUGUAUAUGAGUAGAGUGAUAUAUUUUCUAAUGAUUAGAAUCCAUAUUAAGAGAACUUUAUGAAUUAAUAUUUUAACAGCAGUAAUUAAGGGUAACAGCAGACAGGUAUAUUUUACUGAUGCUUUUGGGAAAAUGUUCGGAUAAUUCCUGUCUGGUGUACAUUAGGGAAAUGAUGUGAUAAAUAUUUGUUAUGAAAUAUGUAUCUAUAUAAAGUGCAUGCUUUUUUGUCAUUAUAUGUAUCUUAAUAGGAAAUUUUAUAGCCUAGGCCUAAUCUCUUAAGAACGUCAAAACUAUUAACUAGAUCUUUUCCAUAUAUAGCGUGGAGGGAAGAUAAUGGUUAUGAGAGUUUCUCACAUUAUACAGUACUAAUAUAAUAUAUAUGGCCAAAAAUAGUAUAUUUGUAUAUUUUUUCUAUACAUUACUUCACCAUUUUGAACUUUCAUGCAGAUUACACUGAGGUUACUAAUAUCUGCUGUCUGCUUUUUUAUGCUUUAUCUGUUGAUGAAUAGUAAUAAUAGUGGGGAGACAGUCAGAUGUCUUGAAAGUAAAGUUUACAAAAUGUAGUAAAGUUUAAUGCAUAUUUUUUUAAACACACUGGGCAUCUCUCACCAAGACUGUGACCCAGAAGAGGAAGCGCAUGCACCAUCAUUCAUUCAAUAGCUGACUUGCCAGAAGUGUGUAGACAUUACAAUUUAAAUAAACCUCUGAACUGCAACAUUCUCACCUCUUCUCACUCCAGGAUUCAAAUCCAGCUAACUGGUUUACCUGAAUCCCUUUUAUAAAAGUUGCCAUGCUUACACUCUAUACAUACAUACAUGCAAGAUGCAUGUUUGUAUAUUGAUAAGAAAUGUAUAACUAGUUUUGAACUUUAUAUUUGCAAAAGUUUUUGUUAAAACUUGUGAACUUAAUUUUGUGUUCAUUCAAAAAUAAUGUGUUGUCCUCCUAAAAUGAAAGACAGAUGUAAAAUGCUGAAAUACAUAUCAUUACUACCUCAUGGGGGACAAGGCUCUGUUUUGUAGCAUUUCACGAAAAAUAUAUCUAAAAAUAUUUUGACCAUUUAAAAAUGUGAUGUAACUAAGUACAUGGACACCACUAGUGGGUUGACUGUUAUGCAGGCUACUGCAUUAUUGGAAUAGAUUGUAUACAAUGUAAGGUGUUCGUAGCAUGAUGGGGUGCUCCAUAAUUGUAUAAAUAAUGUCAGCGCCAAAGUAGACAUCGUUUAUAUAAUUAUGGAGCACCCCGUCACACUACAAUCUAUUACAACAAUGCAGUAUCCUGCAUAACAUUUGUCUAUAAUCCCAAGUUGGUUGGUGGUGGUGUACUGCUGUUAUGGUCCUGUGUGAGUGAUGUGCUCAUGUGAUGGUAGGCAUUUUGUGUUAGACUGGACACACGCAUGACUGAGGUUGAGGUUGUAUUGGUAAUUAAUCUUGUUUGGAAUAUGUCACUAAUUCAGAGAAAAAAAAAGUUGGAAUGGAAGAAGUUAGUGUGGGAACUUUAUCCUUUCCCCACAUGUCAAUUCAUGCAAGUCCAGGUACUGUUCUUCUUUUAAACAUCCAUAUAACAUGGUUAAUACAAAGGUCUUCAACAAGAACCAAUAACUAUAAUGUAUGAAGUUUAACAUCUUUUUUUUUUUAACACACCAGCCGUAUCCCACCGAGGCAGGGUGACCCAAAAAUAAAAAGUUUUUCUUCUUAAA